UUUCGUCCAGUGGAACCUGUCAAACUCGAUGAAAAUGCGUAUAUGUUGAGUUUUAGCACCGGUUUAAAAAAUGAUUUUGAGGUUCCCAUAGGCAAAACCAUAAUAUUGUGAUAAUUGUAAAUAAAACAUAACGUAAAAUGGUUGUAAGUGAUAUUAACAAAUUGGCCGAGGACCUCGAGAAACAGGAAUUGGAGGCCCCCAACGGCGUUGUCCCACCUCAAAUAUACGAACAAUUACUAGCUAUAUAUUUAUAUCAAAAUGAUCUAUGUAAUGCAAAGUAUUUAUGGAAACGCAUACCUGCGAGUGUUAAGACAGCCACCCCUGAACUAGCAAACAUCUGGGAUGUGGCCCAAAGUAUGUGGAAACGCGACUUUCCAGCGAUCUAUCUAGCUUUAAAUGCUGUAAAUUGGUCAGAACCCAUUUCGGAGAUCAUGAAACAGGUUCAAGGCAUUUUAUCAGACGUGGUUAGAAGUAGAGCAGUAGACCUGAUUUCUCAAGCUUAUUCAUCAAUCUCAUUGGAAAACGUUUCGGCGAUGACGGGUUUGCCUUUGGACAUUUGUGCCUCAGCUUGUGUUGAAAAGGGAUGGCACGUGGAGGCGGACACCAGGAUGGUACACCCUGUUAGGGUCAACAAAGAACAACCCAGUCAGCCCAGCAGUGAAGAUCAGCUGUACAAGCUGACUGAUUUUGUUUCGUUUCUUGAGAAUUGAAGUUUUUUUUUUCGUAUGCUAGUUUUAAGGUUUUCAAAUAAAGUAUUUCUUUAACA